AUGGGGCGGAACUCGCUCGGCGCCGAGUGCGUGCGCGCGCUGGUCGCGGGCACCGGCCUCGUGUCCGUCGGGCUGCAGGCGGCGCGCCUCACGCGGGACGCCGCGCCCGCCAUACACGCGCUGCUGGCGCGCCACCACGCGCUGCAGAGAAUAGAUUUGCGGGAGAAUCGCCUGGGCGUUGCCGGUCUGCAAGCUAUACUGUCAGCUCUCAAGGAGAACACUGUCGUAAUGCAGAUAGACUUAGACGAGCCAGUGGAAUCUACCAAUCUGUCCGUGGUGGACAGCGAGGCGGCAACAAUAGCUCGUCUAACACGCGACAUCCGCGCCAUAUGUUGUCACAACGAGCCAAGAUCUUCGCCAGAGAGGAGGGUCCACAGACGGAUCAGCUUAACAUGCCACACUGACCCGCCGCCAGAGUCCGUGGUGGAGGAGGAGCGUCGUGGCAGACUCCGCUCCCCCGCCCCCUCCCCCGCCGGCAGCCCCGUGCCCGCGCAACACUCGCGCUUCUCUGUGACAAGAGUAACGCCAGAGAGAGAAUCCUCGUCGGACAGUUCGAGUCCAUCAACGCCCAGAAACUAUUGUCCUGCCCCAUCCAGAUUUAAAGUAGUACAGGUGUCUGAACCGCCUCAGAUCCAAGUGCAUCCCGCUUCGAAUCCGAUCAGAAAGAAUUCGUCCCGUUUCUCAGUGACGAGAAACUACGACACCAUGUAUAACCCAGUAACUCCCCCGCCCUCCCCCGCUCCCCCGAUAGUCCCAUCGCCGACCAUCGAAACAAAACUCAUUGAUAGUACGAAGCAAACGAAGAUUGAAGAUAGAAUAACUGAUGCAAUCAAACCAGAACCAGAACCCGAUACGGAUAAAGUUGAAAAUCAGACUGAAAGUGUUAGCUUUAAUGUGUCAGAAACGCCAGUUAUUAGUGUUAGUGAAAGUGUUACGGUAGAAUAUGGUGAUAACAAAACUAAAGACAGCGCUGUAAUGAAUGAUGAUACGAGUUCGGUCGAUGAAGUUAUCGUUUCUGAUGCUGAGACUGUGACAAGUGGUAAAACGAGUGAGAUUGUGACAAUAGAGACUGAUAAUCAGCCGGAUAAAGUUUGUGACGGAGAAAUAAUCAGUUCAGGAACCGAAGUUCCGGUUAAAGAUAAGACAGCGUUGAAACAGAUCGAAGCGAUCACCGAGGAUUUGGGUAAUCUGAUCCAGGAAUUCAAAGGUAUGACCGUUAAGAAAGUGAAAAGUGACUGCACACAAACUGAAAUUGUUAAUAGUAAAUUAGAUGCAUACAUUGUACCUGUUAGCGUUAUACGUGAGAAUGUAGUUCUUAAGAAAAAUAAAAGCGAAUCGAGCCUCGACAGUCCUGAUCUAGAAGUGUCCAGGCUAAUGAAUAAGAAAUUAAGCGGCAGCCCGUUCUGCGACAGCAGCUCUUCUCUAGAAAUUUCUGGAAGCUCCGUGGAGAGUCUCAAUUUAAUGGACAAUCAGCAAAUUAAACCGUUAAUAAUAUCUAACGAUAUGGAACUGGAUAGAAGAAAAACCGACCACGUUGCAUUGUCAACGGAGAGCAGCUUAGAUUCUAAUACUAGUGAAGUGACUCCUAUAAACUGUAACCUUUUAAAUAUGUCGGUUAGCUCAAACGAAAGCGUUUCUCCUAUUAUAUUUGGGAAAAGUAAAAAAAUACACGACUCCCUAUCAAGUUUGGAAGCUAGCGUCAGUUCUUUAGAUUCUUGUAGGCACGACAAAGUUAUGAUGACAUCAGCUGAUUCCGGUAUAGAAUACUCGUUGCAGAAUACUAAUGAAGGCAAAGAGAACUCUUCGAAUGAGGGCACCCUCACUAAUAAUUCUAGUUUAAAUCAAUCUGUUAAACAUCCUGAAUGUAUACAAGAAACUAUUACCGCUCCUAAGAGAACGGCAAGCUUAUUAGACGUGCCGGCUUUAAAAAGUAAAGGUAUAGGAGAGAGAAUGCGUAAGAUAUCAUGGGUGGCUCCAUCGCCAAGUUUCCAUAUACCAAAACCGGAGCCAGAGAAGGAGUUAAAAUUGAAUACGCACUUGGAGAAGUUGCUGAGCCUUUUCCAGCAUCCGCUGUUUUCCAGAAGUUCGAAUGAAGAGGAGAAGAAAUCUAAUACGCCGCCUAGGAAAGAUUCCUCGCUGACGAGCUCGUUCUGGUCUUGGGGCAGUUCUACGGAGAAAGACAAAGAUGAUAAAGAGGACAGAGAUUCUUCGGAAGCUACGGACUCUACUCUGUCUGAAAGAGUGCAAGUGUCGUUCGUUGACGAGUCUUUCUCCAGAAAGUUGGAUAGUAAAACACCUUCGACGGAUACAGACAACACUCUUAGCGAAUUCCAGACGUUUCAGAAUUCAGAAACGAGCGAACCGUCGCAAGAGGAUAAGAAAUAUAAAGUUACCGACGCCACCGAUGACUCUUUAGUACAAAAAUGUUUAGUUUUAAGUGACAACGCGUGUUUUAACGGCAACAAGGAUUUGCCCAAAACAAGUGAUAAUACAGAUCUCAAUAAACCCAACGACUUAAAUAAAAACUACGAUUUGAACGCCGGCGAUUCUAAUAAGAAUCCCGAUUUGGAGAAAGGGCCCGAUGUUAAAGUGGAACCGAUCAGGCCUAGAUCGUUUGCCGCUGUCCUGAAAUCAUCGGGCUCGGAGAACUCUUUAGAUAAACAAAACAGUCCGGAGGCCGGUCAGCCUGUUGAUAAACUACCCACCAAAAUUAUACGUGGUAUUAAAGAGAACAUUAGUCCGGAAAACACUUUGACUUCAAGCAUGACCAAUACUAAGACUUUAGCUUUAGAGCUGAGCGAGAGACAAGUGAAGAAUCAGCCUAUAAUAAACACUGUGUGGGAGGUAUCAGCUCCUAUUUUAGAGAAAAAUGUACCUAAACUAGACGAGAUUAGGACACAGAGUGAUUUAGCACCGAUAGCUACUAUAGAAGAAACGUGUUGCGAUGAUAAUGCUUUAGAUUUCAUUGAUGAUCCGAAAUUCGAUGAGAAGAAUACGUCAGCCGACAGCGGAGUUACAUUAGAGACUACAAAUGAGAAGAAAUAUGACAAAUUCCAUUCGGUUACGACUGAAUUAGAAAACGUUGAUUUGGGAAAAGACGCAUUAUCGUAUCUCGCGUACGAAAAUAAAGAAUAUGACCAAGAUAAGACUACUUUAAAACCGCCACAAUGUUCUCUAGCUCAAGAAUUGCAAGAUGCUGAAAUAAAAGAAAUGUUGGAUCUAUCCCCUGAACUGAUAAUAGAUGAAGCUAUAGAAGUACCCGAGGUAUUUACUGUGAAAGAGAUGAAAGGUCUUAAAACUUCACCCGUGAUCCCGGAGAGAGCUAAGAUCAAGAAGGCCAAUUCGUUAGAAGAGCUAAGUCAAGAGAAUGACAGUCCUAAGACUAAGACGAUAGCAUUCAAAGUGCCCGAGAUAUCUUCAACGAUUCCAAGAGAUAUACCAGAGAGGAGAGGUAGAUUGAGAACCCGUAGUGGUUCCAGUCCGAAGUCUCUGCCGGAGAGUUUAAAUAAACCGUGUCCGUUAACAAAAAUGGACAGUUUACUGUCGAAGAAGAAAAAGAAAGUGUCUUCCUUGGGGAAAAUGGCUAAAGAUUCUUUGUUAGCACUGAAUAUGAGUGAAGAUGAGAUCGCUGAAUUCAGACGUUCAUACAAACUUACCUCUGUGGAGAGUUUGAAGAGUUUAGAAUCUGUUUCCGAGGAUGCUCACUCGCAGAACUCUAUGGAUUACCGAUGUAGGUCAUGCUUGAGGAUGAGUCAGGAGAGCUUGAUGUCUCUAGAUUCUAUUAAUGAAGAUUGCAGAUGCAGAGAAGACUGUGAGAAACCCGGCCACUCUAACGCAUAAUGUCAAAUUUCAACGGUGACUCGAUGAGAACUCUUGUAAAUGUUAUUCGUAGUACUCAGUUACUCGACUUCUAAAUGAACUGUUAGAUACAUAUUAACCUUAACUGUUGUAUUAAAAUUUAUGAACUUUAUUACGAAGCAAUAAGGAUAUAAAUUGGUAAAUUAACGAUUGUUUAUAUCCUUGAAUGUUCGAUGUUGUGUCAGCGGUACUAAGUCUUGUUUUGACGUUGUUCUUUUUUUUAAUUAUUAUUAUUUUAAAUUAAUAAUAUGAUAGUAUCGUACACUGUGUGUACAGAAUUAUAAAUAUAUAAAUAUUAACCGACCGCGUUCAGAUGGUAAUAAU